GCCCGGAUGAAACGGACAGUCAGUUAGAUGCUAUCUGUUUGACAGUGGGUAGCUGCAUAGACUGUCAAAAGAAGGGAAGCUAGACGUCAACAAGGACCUCAGUAAAUAUUUUUUUUUCUCGUAGAUAAUGGCAAAUGGGUUUAUCGCAGAAUAAAUUUCAGAGUGACUUGGAACAAAUAUCUGGAUUUCUAGUAUUUUUCACAUAGGAAGGUUGGGAGUCUAUGAGUAGGGAUGCCUGUCGAAAGUGGAAGCAGUGCAGCCUCUCGCCAGGCCAAGCAGAAGCGCAAGUCCCACAGCCUGUCCAUCCGCCGGACCAACAGCACAGAGCAGGAGCGCACAGGUUUACAGAGGGAGAUGUUGGAGGGACAGGAUUCCAAAUUGCCAUUGUCUUUGAGAAGCAAUCUUCUGGACCUGUUUGGCCAGAUUGAGAGGGAGUUUGAAAACCUCUACAUUGAAAACAUUGAGUUACGUAGAGAGAUUGAAACACUGAACGAUCGUUUGACAGCUGAAGGACAAACCAUCGAUGGGGGAGAUUUGACAAAGGGGGCACUUAAAACAAAAGCAAGUCAUAGCACAAGUCAACUUUCACAAAAACUGAAGACCACUUAUAAGGCAUCUACAAGCAAGAUCGUUUCCAGUUUUAAAGCCACCACGUCCAGAGCCGUGUGCCAGCUGAUCAAGGAGUAUGUAGGUCACAGGGAUGGCAUAUGGGACCUGAGUGUCACCAGGACACAGCCCGUGGUGCUGGGCACAGCUUCGGCAGAUCACAGUGCCAUGCUAUGGAGCAUCGAGACUGGGAAGUGCCUCCUGAAGUAUGUGGGUCAUGCAGGAUCAGUUAACUCUAUCAAGUUCCAUCCCACGGAACAGAUGGCUCUUACAGCGUCUGGUGACCAGACAGCCCAUAUCUGGAGGUACAUGGUGCAGCUGCCCACCCCACAGCCUGUAGCCGACAUCAGUCAGACGCCCUGUGACGACGACAUAGACUUCUCAGAUAAGGACGAGGCUGACGGGGACGGUGAGGGCCCUAACGAGUGUCCCUCCAUCCGCAUGGCUUCAACUACCCUCAGGAGCCACCAGGGGGUUGUCAUCGCUGCAGACUGGCUGGUGGGGGGCAAGCAGGUGGUUACAGCCUCCUGGGAUCGGGCUGCCAACCUGUAUGAUGUGGAGACCUCUGAGCUCGUCCACUCACUCACUGGCCACGACCAGGAGCUGACCCAUUGUUGCACCCACCCCACUCAGCGUCUGGUGGUCACCUCAUCCAGAGACACCACCUUCCGUCUGUGGGACUUCAGAGACCCCUCCAUCCACUCUGUCAACGUGUUCCAGGGACACACCGACACGGUGACAUCAGCAGUGUUCACUGUGGGGGACAAUGUGGUGUCUGGGAGUGACGAUCGCACCGUCAAGGUCUGGGACCUCAAGAACAUGAGGUCACCCAUAGCAACAAUCCGCACAGACUCUGCAGUCAAUAGGAUAAGCGUGUCGGUGAGUCAAAGAAUCAUUGCUCUUCCUCACGACAAUCGACAAGUUCGGCUGUUUGACAUGUCAGGAGUGCGGCUGGCUCGACUCCCACACAGCAACAGACAGGGCCACCGGCGCAUGGUGUGCUGCUCAGCCUGGUGUGAAGACAACUCCUCCUGUAACCUGUUCAGCUGUGGCUUUGACAGGCAGGCCAUUGGAUGGAACAUCAACAUCCCAGCUCUGCUGCAGGAGAAGUGAGCCCAGCCCAGACAGCCCUGAGCCAUCCGCCUGGCCCAUCUGCUCACUGAACCCCAUGUUAAGAGCUGAUCCCUGGUCAGUUCAGUUAGAUGUCACCACCCUCAGGCAGGGAGGGGAGAAGAUCGAUCGAGGACCACUCUCUCUCUGUGUCAAGUAUUCAUGUUCUUCUCACACUCCAAAUGUGGUCAGUCUGGUCUGCAUAGUUUGAAUAUACAUACCGUACUACAUACAUGUGUGAUGGUGUGUGGUGGUUUUCAAACUUGCCCAUGUAUGUACAGAAAAUGUAAAAGACUACUCUCUGCUUUGUUGUUGGGCUUGUUUUGAUCAGUUUAUUCAUGACUUUCCUUCUGAUGAUCAAUAGCACUGACAUAAAGAAGGUACGGGGGGAUAUUGUAGUCACCCUAAUUUUCAGUUCAGAAUAGGUCAGGCACCUUGUUGAUGGUGUAGCCUCGUUGAUAAUGAGCAGCGUUUCAUGGAGACUUGUGUUAGUACUGAAAUGCCACACAUCUACUUUCGAAUCCACCUCAACCGCUCAGAAGUACAGCUAGCCAAGCUACUGCAUAUCUCUGUGCCAUUUCGGCAGAGCCAUACUUUGACCAUCUAUUGGUGAUCAACUGAGCACUGAAUAAGGAACAUGCAGAGCUGCUAAGGUACAGUGUUCAAGUGGCUCUGUCAUGCACCUUUUAUAACCAAUAGCUGUUACAAUUGUAUUUGUUGUUAAAAACUGUUUUAGCCAAAAUACCAUUGCAGCUUUUGUACAGACUUGACAGAAUCCUACUCUUGAGUCCUAGACAGUAUGUUGUACCAGUGGAUUAAAUUGUGUAAACACCUCAUGUUUAGAGGUUGAGGUUGAUCGUCUUCACCAUUUUAAUAGGCACUUCAUUCAGGUUGAGGUUGAUCGUCUUCACCGUUUUAAUAGGCACUUCAUUCAUGUUGAGGUUGAUCGUCUUCACCGUUUUAAUAGGCACUUCAUUCAUGUUGAGGUUGAUCGUCUUCACCGUUUUAAUAGGCACUUCAUUCAGGUUGAGGUUGAUCGUCUUCACCGUUUUAAUAGGCACUUCAUUCAGGUUGAGGUUGAUCGUCUUCACCGUUUUAAUAGGCACUUCAUUCAGGUUGAGGUUGAUCGUCUUCACCGUUUUAAUAGGCACUUCAUUCAUGUUGAGGUUGAUCGUCUUCACCGUUUUAAUAGGCACUUCAUUCAUGUUGAGGUUGAUCGUCUUCACCGUUUUAAUAGGCACUUCAUUCAGGUUGAGGUUGAUCGUCUUCACCGUUUUAAUAGGCACUUCAUUCAGGUUGAGGUUGAUCGUCUUCACCAUUUUAAUAGGCACUUCAUUCAUGUGUAAUAAUCAUAAAUGAGUCUUAGAAAGUAAGACGUCAUGAAAUUGCUUUAGAGUUUACAAACAAUAAUAUGUGAAGUGUUUCUUAGAAUUAGUCAGUAUUGAACCUGUUACAGGGAUAUACAGGUCAGUAAUUUGUUACCACGUGGUACUUCCUUGCGUAAGUGGGAUCUCUAAGAGCGUUCUAAUGCAAUAGCUCUAACAUGCUUGGUGUGCUCAGUGAUCAUGGCGUUAAUUUCUGCAUAGAAAACUAAAAGAAGAAGAGAUUAUUAAAUGUUUGAGGUAAGUGUGAUGUCAUAAAGUAGCUGUGUCUGUUUUUUAGAGAAAGAGAAUCAAUGUUGAACUUAAACAUUUUGAGUGUAAUUGUCUGUGAGAGUCACUUGGCAGGCAGCACAGUUGACUUGGUUUCAUUCCUGCACUUACGCAGACUAAUUAUACAAAAUUAUGUAUCUAUCUCAUGAGAAAAGCCAGCUUUAUUGCAGUCGUAAAUGCUUCUGUAGAGACUUGGAUAUGCUUUGUGUUUUGCCAACUUGUAACAACAUAUUGACUAUUGAUAUUUAUACAAGAAGUCACGUUGAACAUCUUUUAUCCCAUUAUGGAAUCGUUAUUGUGACAAAAUAAAGUGGUUCCAGGUGUAGGCCCACGGUUCUAAGUGAGCGUAAUUUUCCUUCCACAAUAAAUUUCACAUCUGGAGAAAAUUAAAUGUAAUCAUCUCAAUUCAAAGUGGCCUAUUUGGCUUAAUGGUGUAUUCCUGCUGCAUAUUUUAUUAUCCUUUUAACUUUGAGGUGAUCUUUUCAUUUCCACUAGUUCUUCAUCCUGUGCAGUUAAAAUCAGUUGGAUCUCUUUGGUUUCAUUGGCUGAAGUAUUGUUGUUUUAAUCUAUAGUGGUUUGCAUGUAGUCUUUCUCAUGUAUCGUUUACAUCAGGGAUGUCUUAAAGGUUACUCCUAGCCUGGUCCCACGUCCGUUUGUGCUCUUACCAACUCCAUUGGUCAUUGUCAAGCCAAACAUGACACUACUGUAAGUGACAAGGAGUUGACAUGAUGGCACAAACAGAUUGGCACUGAAAAUAGGCUACUGUAGAUGUGGUUGUGCAGUUCUAUGCAUUACUAAUACCACAUGAUGUAGUACUAGAGGCAUUGAUUAAGUGACUAUGGUAAUCUGUUACAUGGGUUGAUAUAAUAAGAGAUGUCUCUUGGACCGUAGCUGUCCAGGAUUGUCAUCCGUGAUUUAAGUGAAACAAAUUUGUUUGAAAUAUCAAAGAUGUAUGGCCUGUGAAUGUGAAGUCUAGCCUGGUGCCAGAUCUGUUUGUGCGCUUGCCAACUUCAUUGCUCGUUUGGCAUGACAAUGAAUGAAAAGGAGUUGGCAUGGUAGCACAAACAGACUGGCUGACCUCCUGAGCCACCAUGCAUAGCUAGUUGACCAUGUUUAUCAUCACUUUCUUCAUGAAUUUAUUUACAUUUCAGUCUCAUGGUUUUCUCAGCUGGUCAUGUACAUGUGGUCCUGUGUUCAUUUCAAUGGAGUACAGGGCUUGCUUGUUUCCCAAAUGGCACCCUAUUCCGUAUGUAAUGCGUUACAAAGGGAAUAAGGUGCAAUUUGAGACGCAUACCCUCAGUACAUCAUACAAACUUAGCAGUAGAAAUAAACAGUGUAAAAGCUUUAGUAAAACUUUCGUUACCUACCUAAUGAUAUUUUAUGUGGUAAAAUUGGUUCAUUUUAACAAGAGCUCCACUAGUACACAUCUCAUAACAUGAAACAGUUUAGCUGUGUGUGUGUGUGUGUGUGUGUGUGCUUGCGUGCGUGCGUGCGCGCGCAUGGUGGCUAUUCAUAAGUAACAGCAGCUUGUGAAAUAAAAUAAAAUGUUGUGCCGUUUCAUUCCCUCAGAA